AUGGCUUGUGAAAUUACAGUAGGAAGUAGUCUAAAAGACAUCUCUUUUGUGAAUUCCGACAUCAUCGCUGCUUUGGAAAGUAAUUCGAUCAAACUCUACCGAACGGAUACUUCCAGAAGAAUUAUGACGAUUGGGUGUGAAGAGGAAACUAAACAGCUCCAUGGAGCUAAUACAAACUGCUUUCUGAUACAAUAUACGGGAAUCAGGAUUCUGAAAAUCAGCACGGGGCAGCUAAUCAUGUGGCACACUCUUGGAGAGAGUGAGGAGAUUGUGGCCAGUCACUGGAAAUCGGAAAGAUUGGCCACAAUCGUGGAAAACAAGAUCCACAAGUUCAGAAGCGUUGUGAUGAUUGAUGGGAGAAGCUCAAACGGAGCAACUUCUCUGAUUGAGUUCGACAAAUGGAGGCCAAUCGUGCCGCACUCAAUCAAUGAUAACAGUCUCAUCGCUACAUCUGAAACUGGGUCUGUGAAGUUAUUAGACUUUGGAAAGUCAAACAAGCCAAUAUCGACAACUCCAGUACUUGACCGUAUCAAGGCAGUGGAAGAUGUGGGACAAUUCAAUUUCUGUGUGAUUGCUGAUUCGAAAGUGUUGUUGAUGGAUUCCACUCUUGGUAAAAAGAAAAUGUCAAUCGAUAUGAAAGCCAAUGAGAAAUGUGUGGGAGUGCUCAGUGGAAAUGCCAAAGCUCCCUUCUUCAUGGUUUUGAAGGAUGAAAGAAAGAAGGAAAUUCUCUCUUCGGAUCUCUUCAAUUUCCAACGUACGAUUGCUCGCGGAACGUUUGGAGAGGUUAAGGAAUACACCUCCAUCAGAACUGGUCGCUCAUUCGCUAUCAAAGAACUGAGAAGGUCACAUGCUCUUAAUGAGAUUUUCAUCAACGACCAGAAUCACAUGCUCAUCAAGCACAAGCACAUUGUCCGCUUCUUCGGUGCUUUCAAAGAUGAAUCAACAAUUUUCAUUGUUCUCGAGUUGAUGAGCCAGACGUUACGACAAGUGAUGAGGAGCAAUGGCAUUAUGGAUGAAGCAUCAAGUGGAGUUGUGGUUAAGGCGGUUGCAAAAGGUCUUCAACAUCUCCAUCGAUUACGUGUUAUUCACAGAGAUUUGAAGCCUGAGAAUAUUUUGUUGAGCCAUGAACGAAUCAAAAUUGGAGAUUUUGGUUUGGCUACUACGAAGACAGGUGAAACUUGGUGUGGAACCCCCGGCUACCAAGCGCCCGAACUGUUUCGGAAGGAAACACAUGGAACACCGGCCGACAUGUUUUCUCUUGGAGUCAUGGCUCAUGAGAUGCUUGAAUCAAGUCUUCCGUUCAGUGAACAAUACUGGCACAAGCACGUCAUUCGAUCGAAUACGCUUCAAUAUGUUUCUCCUGCAAAAUUCUCUCGCCAUUUGAAAACUUUGAUACUGAGAGAACACCUCUAG